AUGCCGACCGGAGUCGAAACCCACGACUCGGGCUCGGCCCAUUCCGCCAGCGGAGGCAUCGCCGCGCCGUACGGGCGCGCGUGUACCAACUGCUCCCGGGCCAAGUGCAAAUGCAUCCUCCGCCCCGUCGGUGGGGCCUGCGAGCGCUGCCACCGGCUCAGCAAGGCGUGCCAGCCGAGCAACCCCAUCCGCAAACGCUCCAAGAAGCCGCCCUCCAGCAGGACGGCACAGCUGGAGGAGAAGCUCGACGGGCUCGUCACAUUGUUGCGCCAGUCGGGUCGACCGAACCUCCCUGCCGACCUCGGUGCCGAUUUCAACAUCCCCGGCCCCAUCCCCUCGUCAGCGACGGCCGCGAGGGAGUCGUUUUCGGAGAUGGGCGGCAUGCGCGGCGGGUUCGGGCCGGCGUCGGGCGGGGAGGAUAGCGAGCGGGCGCGUGGGAACUCUCUUCCGACGCCGACGCAGACUGACAGCCCCGAGGGGACGAGGUUCGGAGACGAGCUGCCGUCUCCAGAUGAGGCGGAGGCGCUGUUCGAGGCGUUCCGGGGGCAGAAUCUAAAGUAUUUUCCUUUCUUGUCAUUCAAGGCUACAAUGACGGCGCAAGAGCUGAGGGCCGAGAGGCCGUUCCUAUGGCUUUGUAUCAUGACGGUAGCUGCCAAGGUGACGAGCCAGCAGCUUGCGUUGGGGCAGCGGGUGCGGCAGGUUGUGAGCCAGAAGCUGCUCAUCGAGAACGAGAGGAGCAUCGAUUACCUCCUCGGGCUCUUGGUGAUUUUGGGAUGGGCGAACCACCAGCUCGGGAACAAGCCCUUCAUGUGCCUGUUCUGCCAGAUCGCGAUCGGCCUCGUGUUUGACUUGGGACUGUCCCGUGACCCGUUGGAUGGCCUGAACCCGUUUCUCUGCUGGAAGGCCGCCCAGGAGAGGGCCGAUAGGGACAAGACCGGGGUCGUCCCCCAGACCCUCUAUGUCAAGUCGCAGAUGCCGCGGACGAUGGAGCAGCGGAGGGCGGUUGUUGCCUGCUACCUGGUCACGUCAGCCAUCGCCAGUUUCUUGGGGAAGAUGGACCCCCUGCGCUGGACAUCGCACAUGGACGAGUGUCUCCAGAUCCUCGAUAGCCAACCCGAGAGCUCAUCGGACCGCAGCCUUGUCGCCCUUGUCAAAAUGCAGUUGCUAAAGGACGAGGCCGCCAAGCUGUCGUUUCGAUCCGACGCGCCACUGGACGCAAUAGACGGCUCAAAGCCGCCGGCGGCCAUGUACGUCAAGCUAUUAAAAGCGCAGCUGCAGCGGAUCAUCCAGAGCCUGCCACCAGAACUUCAAAGCACGGACACCAUCAUCGCCCAACUCCACUGCACCGAGCUCUCCAUCCAGGAGGUUGCCCUCGCCUCCAAAAACGGCGCCUAUGUCCCCGCCAACCUCCCCGACAUUGCACGGCUCGACAUCCUCUACGGGUGCCUCCACGCCGUGAAAGCCUGGUUCGACCACUUUUUCACCCUCCCGCCGGCCAGCUACUUCUCGAUCGCCUUCCUCACCUUUGCGCAGCUGAGCUACUGCACGGUCGCGCUGUACCGCCUCUCGGUGCUCGAGGACCCCGUCUGGGACCGCGCGAGCGUGCGCUCAACCAUUGACCUCAUCGCGACGCUCGACGAGAUCGGAAACCGCUUCAUGAGGGUCUGCGGCGAAGCCGACUUGAAUCAGGACGUUGAGGAGGGCAACGCCUUCUCCAAGGCCGUCAAGACGAUCAAGGGGUUGAAGAGCACGUGGGAGGUGGCAUUGAUGCCGUUCGCCAAGGCGGCGGAUCCGGCAGAUCCGGCAGCGGUCGGUGUUGCCGGCGCGGGCCCGGCUGUGCUUGGGGCCGGGGGGCUGAUGCCGGCUGGCCUCGGCGAAGCGGAGCUGGGACAGUUUGGAUUUGAUCUAAUGGACAAUCGGUGGUUUACCGACAUCUUUGCUCCUUUUGACUUUUGA